GACAGUCAGAUGAGAGGCUUUUGUUUUACGUACGAAUAUAGUAAUUGGCAUUUAACUAAGCUUCGUCUCCGUCGUCUUUUCAACCGGAAAACCGAUCGGAGUGCCGACAUAGUUGCAGGAGAUUUUGAUUAACUCUCUGAGUCUCUGACCAACGUCAACCGGAGAAGUAGAGAGUGAAGAAAACUGAGAAGCUGAGCAAGAAUCGACUGCCAUGAACUGAUUCCAGGAAAAAUCCACAGAGUUGACUUGAAAUUAAGCUUCCUCUCCGGUUUCAGAGUUGAUCGGAGAUGGAGACUACUGAGGUCGUUUCGAAGCCGCACAGGCUCAAGUUCGACGUCUUCCUCAGCUUCCGAGGCGAAGACACUCGCCAUAACUUCGCAGGGCGUCUCUAUGAGGCGCUUAAGGAAAAGCUCCGAGUCUUCCUCGACGACGAAGGUAUAGAGCGAGGGCAUGAGAUCGAUCAAAGUCUCCUGGCAUCAAUGGAGGACUCGGCGGCCUCCGUCGUCGUCUUAUCCACCAACUACGCUAACUCUCACUGGUGCCUAGAUGAACUAGCUAUGCUCUGCCAUCUGAGAAAGUCGCUUGGUCGCCCGAUGCUUCCCAUCUUUUAUAAGGUCGAUCCUUCGCAUGUACGCAAACAGAACGAUCAUUUCGCCAAGGAUUUUGAAGAACACGCCAAAAGAUUCAGCGAUGAGGAGAUACAGCGAUGGAGAGAAGCUAUGAAAUUAGUUGGAACCUUAGCCGGAUAUGUUUAUCGAGAUGACUCGGUUGAUGAGGAUCAGAUGAUAAGGCUUGUGGUGAAAAGGGUUUUGGCUGAAGUGAGCAAUACACCAGAGAAAGUUGGAGAAUACACGAUAAGCAAAGAAGAAGCCGUCGACGUACUGAAAGGAUGUGGACUCAACGCUGAGGCUGCUCUCAGUGUCCUCAGACAAAAGUCUCUUAUUAAGUUUUUGGCAAACGAUACUAUUUGGAUGCAUGAUCAGAUUCAAGACAUGGGCAGAGAGAUAGACCUUAAAGAAGUCCCUGGGGAUCCUGGAAUGCGAAGCAGACUAUGGGAUCGUGCUGAAAUUCUGACUGUAUUGAACAAUACGAAGGGAACAACAUCAAUCCAAGGAAUCGUACUUGACUUCAAAAAGAAGCUUGCGAGGGAUCCGAGUGCAGAGAACAUUGCGUUGAGGAAUCUACAUGACAAACUAAGCAUCAAAUCAGUGUGUAGUUACCUGAAGAACAAGUUCAUACCAUUUCCAGAAGAGGAAAAGCCAAAAAGUUCUGAGAUCACCAUUCCUGUAGAGCCUUUUGUACCAAUGACGAAGCUGAGACUUCUUCAGAUUAACCACGUGGAACUGGAAGGAGAUCUUAAGCUUCUUCCAUCUGAACUCAAGUGGAUACAGUGGAAAGGCUGCCCACUAAAAGAUGUUCCACCGGUUUUUCUUGCUGGGCGACUUGCUGUUCUUGAUCUCUCAGAGAGUGGCAUAAGACGAGUCCAGAGUUUGCACAGCAAAAGGGUGGAUGGGAACUUGAAAGUUGUGAACUUUCGUGGUUGCCAUAGCUUAGAAGCCAUUCCUGAUUUAUCAAACCAUAGCUCCCUAGAGAAGCUUAUCCUGGAACGAUGCAUACGUCUGGUGAAGGUUCCGAGAUCAGUUGGUAAUUUAAAAGCAUUGCUUCACCUUGAUUUCAGGGACUGUUCAAAUCUUACUGAGUUUCUCGUGGAUGUUUCUGGACUGAAGCGUCUUGAGAAACUUCUCCUCUCUGGAUGUUCAAAUCUGAGUGUGUUACCAGAAAACAUUGGUGCCAUGCGAUGCUUGAAAGAGCUUCUUCUUGAUGGAACUGCGAUAAAGAACCUGCCAGAAUCUGUUUACAGCCUCGAGAAUCUUGUAAAGCUUAGUCUAAAGGGUUGCAAAUCUAUUCGAGAGCUACCUUCGUGCGUAGGUACGUUGACGUCACUAGAAGAGCUAGAUCUUAGUGGUACUGCACUGCGAGAUCUCCCGAGUUCUAUUGGAUGUCUAGUAAAUCUCCAGAAGCUGCAUCUGAUGCACUGCACGUCCCUUUCCAAGAUUCCUGACAGUAUCCAUAUGCUCAAAUCAUUGAAGAAAUUAUAUAUCAACGGAAGUGCCAUGGAGGAGCUACCUCUAAACCUUGGCUCACUGCCAUGCUUGGCUGACUUCUCAGCAGGAGGAUGCAAGAAACUGAAACAGGUUCCGGUUUCUAUCGGUCGACUGAAUUCUCUUCUCGACCUUGAGUUGGAUUGGACCUCAAUUGAAACUCUACCAGAAGAGAUUGGUGAUUUGCCCUUAUUUCGGAAACUUGUGCUGAGGAACUGCAAAUCUCUGAAGUUUCUGCCUGAAUCAAUCGGAGAUAUGGACACACUCCAUAGCUUGUUCCUUGAAGGCUCUAACAUCGAGAAACUGCCGAAAGACUUUGGUAAGAUGGAGAACCUGGUCUUACUCCGAAUGAACAACUGUAAGAAUCUCAAGAGGCUUCCUGAAUCAUUUGGAGACUUGAAAUCUCUUCAGCAUAUGUACAUGCAGGAAACUACUGUGGCAGAGCUGCCACAAAGUUUCGGAAACCUUUCAAAGCUAAGGGUAUUGAAAAUGCUGAAGAAGCCUCUUUUCAGAAGUUCCGAGAGUGAUGAAGAACCUUGUUUUGUAGAAGUACCAGACUCUUUCUCAAACCUCGUGUUGCUUGAGGAACUGGAUGCUCGCAGUUGGGGGAUAUCCGGUAAGAUCCCAGAUGUUCUUGAGAAGCUUUCGUCUCUGAAGAUACUAAAACUGGGGAACAAUUACUUCCACAGUCUUCCGUCUAGCCUCGAGGGGUUGUCGAAUCUCAGAGAACUCUCAUUGUAUGACUGCCAAGAGCUCACGCGUCUUCCUCCUCUUCCGUGGAAACUGGAGCAGCUGAACUUGGCAAACUGCUUUUCACUGGAGACUAUAUCCGACCUUUCGAAGCUGACGAUCUUGCACGAGCUCAAUCUCACAAACUGUGAGAACGUAAAUGAUAUUCCAGGCUUAGAGAAGUUGACUGCUCUUAAACGGUUAUACAUGAGCGGAUGUAACUCCAUCUGCUCCGAUGCUGUAAAGAAGAGACUGUCCAAGGCUUCUUUGAAAAUGAUGCGGAAUCUGAGCUUACCUGGAAACAGAAUCCCGGACUGGUUCUCACAAGGCCCUCUCACAUUCUCAGCUCAACCGAACAGAGAGCUCAGGGGAAUAAUCCUGGCCGUUGUUGUGGCUCUUGACCAUGAGAGAAGAGAUGACUACCAGAUACCUGAUGUGGUGGAGGUUCAAGCCCAGAUUCUGAAACUUGAUCUAGCCUUAUACACCCACACGUUGCACCUCUCUGGAGUGCCAAGAACAAGUAAUGAUCAACUCCACAUCUGCAGAUACCCAGCUUUGCACCCAAUGGUCACUACGUUUAAAGACGGGUACACUAUUCAAGUCAUCAAACGAGAACCACCAUUCAAACAAGGCGUGGAGCUUAAGAUGCAUGGCAUUCAUCUGGUUUACGAGGGGGAUGAUGAUUUUAAAGGCGAAGAACGUUUAGUAAACGAGACGCAUCUAACCGUUUCUCAGAAACUUGCCAAUUUCUUCAGAUCUUUCGAAGGAGGUGAAGCCAGCUCAGAAGGUGAUUCUACUGUUACAUGAUAUGCUACCACAGAGAAGUUAAGAAACUGCACAGACACUAUUGCUAAACAAAAACACACAAAAAAGAACCAAAAAAACAAACUUUUUGUCUGUAAGUAUCUUCUUUCUCUCCAUGUUUCUCUGUUCUCAAGCGUGUUUGCUUCUUUUAAGUUCAACUACUUGUGUUUAUAGUUGUCUUUCUACCUUUACUUUUAUAUAUAAUCAAUAAAAAAAGCCAAAAAAGAGGAGACUCUUGUUUCCCAUGAUUUCUCGAACAUUAAAGAAGUCAAUGGAUUUUAUGAAAGUUUGGCUAACAGAGACAUUCCAAGAGUGAAGAGAAUCAAUAUAUUAAAACAA